AUGUCAAUUGCAAAGAACAGGUUCGAAAAGCUUUUCAAUUUCUACUUUCCACAUCUUUCAUAUCAUUUGCACCAAUCGACCGAGCCUAUAAACUGUAAACUAACAUUCCUGGACCUGGAGGUGGAAAUAGACGACAAGUACGAAAACUAUGAUAAGUGCGAAACUGCCAUCUUCGAGCUAGGAGAAAAAAUAUUGAGCAAGUACAUUGAGGACUUAAGCCAACACCAGGAGGAAAAUGCAUCGAACAGUAUCGGUGCGGGGAAAAAGACGAAUAUUGACAAAACGGGCGAAAACACCGAGAAGAUGCGGACUGAUAGAUCGAAUAUUGGUGGUGAUGAAAGUGCAGAGGUUGUUAAGAAAAUGGAAAAUGCCAUUAAGAAACGAAACAGCAAGCCGGUUGAGAGUACCGUGCAAACGGAUGGUCCAAUGAUAAGUCAAUGCCCAGAUUUUUAUGCCAAGCAGGUGCAUACUUUGUGUAUCUGCUACUCUUUGCCUUUUCCGGAGUAUCAUUUUUUGAAGGAAGACGGGUUGUACAGGUGCUAUACGUUGUAUGGUAGCAAAAAUUAUGAAUCAGAGUAUUUUUAUGAGAAAAAUGACGCGAAAGAAUUUGUGUGCAAAGCUAUUGCGGAUAAUAUCAAGAGUGGCGUGCUUAACGACGAAAAUUGAAAUAUGAAAAUAGGAGCCGUUGAUAACGGUGGAUUGGUGCUUUUUUGUUAUUUAUGUCACAGAGUCGUAACGAGGAGCGGUGACUCAGGCAUUGUUACUGAACCGUGGUAGUUUUUACGUUGAUAGAUGAGAAGAAUCAAAAAUAUUGUACGGUACAUCAGCGCCUCUAAACCAGAGCUGUUUAAAAUUACUGUUGAUACGAAAAUAAAUUUUAAUCAAGUUAAAUAUUUC